AUGGCGCUUCCUCUAGGCAUCUUCCUUGGCGGCUGCGUGGUCGCCAUCCCCGUCGUUACUGGUGUCGCGCAAGGUGUCGAGCACCAAAAGAAGCAGAACGAAGAAGCCGCCAACGAGUCGCGCAUGUGGAAGUUCAACUGCCUUGUAGCCUGCGAUGACCCCGAUCCGAUCGCGAAAGAAGAAGUCAACAAUGGCAUCCUCGUUGUGCGCCACGAUAAAGUCUGGGUUGUGCCGAGGGACGCGGAUAACAAACCAAUGUGGCCGGACGGGGUAGACGGUGGAGGACGGGAGCCGUUGCAUCCGUUUGCAGGUUUCUACAUUGCAUAUCCGGACGAGGAUCGCUGCCCUCCGGAAAGGGGACUGGUUAGCACCAUCAGCGACGACCCGCCUAUGCUGAACUGGAUAUACUGCGAUAAAGAGACGUAUGAGCUACGCUACUCGAAUCGCACGGGCAGUAUCGUGCAUCACGUAGGCGUUUGGGACUGGACCGAAGACGAGACCCACCUGACAUUCGACGGCUGGGAAGGCUUCAUGGCUAUCGACGAAUGGGAUGGUGCUAAUGAAGAUCCCGAUACACCGUGGGGCAAAGAAGGACUACGCUGGGCAGUAUACUUCGACAAGGACGACAACGGGCUCAAGGGGAGACAUAAAGGCAGGGACAUGUUCGAGAUCAGUCUCAAGCGCCGGAUACAGAGUGCCGAAGAGCAACUGAAGCAGAAUGAAGCAGCGGAGAAGAAAAUGCAAGUCAAGAGUAGAGGUGGGCUCAGUACUCAAUUCGCUGCACCGCAGAAGGAGAGAGACAAAGAGUGGGAGAAGAAGUUUGGCGAGAAAGCGAGGCAGGAGUUGGAAAAGAAAUUAGCGAAAGACAGAGAGGAAGGGCAGGGGCCAGAGUGGGCUAGAGGCGAUGUUGGAAAACAGAGCUGA